UACGAAAUAACAGCGGCGGAUUUGAAGGGACUGAACAUGGCUGCCGGUAAAGAUGCCGACCAAGUCACUGCAAAUACGAGGCACUCCAACAUGGUGGUCCAUGAGGAUGGGUCACCGCCGAGAGGCUCCCAAGCCGCCGCCACCCGCCUGCCCGUCAUCUUCAACCCGGACUUUUUUGUGGAGAAGCUACGGCACGAGAACGCCGACGUCUUCCUGGAACUUGUGUUGAGCAACAUCACUCGCCUGAUCGACCUUCCCGGCGCCGAGUUCUCCCAGCUCCUCGGCGAGGAGGGCCCCAAGACCCCCGGAUUCUUCCGCUCGUUCAACUUCCUCAAACGCAAAGAUAAAGGCGCCAUGUUUGGGGCUGUGCUGUCAGAGAGCGCUGUGGCUCACAUAUACCGGCUCAUUGAAUUCCUCAGUAAAAAUCUGCACGUGGAGGGUCUGUUCCGGAUUCCCGGCAACAGCGUGCGGCAGCAGGCCCUGAAGGAGCUCCUGACCAGCGGCGCCGACGUCGACUUGCAGUCCGCAGGCUUCCAUCCCAACGACGCCGCCACGCUGCUCAAGACCUUCCUGGGGGAGUUGCCUGAACCCCUGCUCACGCACAGACACUUCCACGUCCACCUCCGGAUCGCCGACAUGACGUUGCUGGAUGAGCAUGGCAACAAGACGUCGGCGCCCAAUAAGGAGCGUCAGACGGAGGCCCUCCAGCUCCUCCUCCUCCUGCUGCCCCCCGCCAACCGCUCGCUGCUCAAGCUGCUGUUGGACCUCCUCUACCACACCGCAAAACGGCAGGACGCCAACAAGAUGUCCGCCUUCAACCUGGCGCUCAUGUUCGCUCCGCAUGUGCUCUGGCCGCGCCACAUGACAGCCAACGACCUGAAAGACCACCUGAAGACACUCAACAACAGCAUGGCCUUCCUCAUCAGACACUCACAAAAACUCUUCAAGGCGCCAGUGUACCUGAGGGAACAUGCCCGGACACACUUCAUGAAGACCGCCACCUUGCGCAGCAAGGACGACCUGGACCUGUUGUCACUGAACGGCUCGCCCCGCCGGCAAGUGGCUUCUCCCCUGAAGCGGCGGGCGGCCCCGGUUGCGUUUGGGUCUGCUCCAGAUCAGUGCCCAUCACCCGCUCAGCAGUACACGGAAGAGGCUCUUCAGGACCUCUUCAGGCACGUGCACCAUAACAUGCCCGACUCGGCUAAGAAGAAGAAGCUGGUCCGACAGAUGGUCAAACAAACAGCUGCGGCCUCAGCCACGAGUCCGCACAAUGAUCCCAGCAAAAAGCGCCUGCGGUCGCGUUCCUUUGGAGGACUCAUCAAGCGUAAAGCUCGUGCCGGUCAGCUGACGCCGGACACAGUCGCCAGGGUAUCUCACAAAUGCGGCAAAGAGAAUGCCAUUCUGCAGCAGGUGAAAACUCCACUGAACGGUGGCAGACACUGCGGGGCGGGGUUGGUGUUGAAAAAUCCCGACUUUGACUUUAGUAGGGACAAAGCUGCAAAAGUGUCCAAGGACACGCCUUCGUCCGUGGCCAGAUUGUUCUCUCCGUCUCAGGAGAUUUCGCUCUAGAUGACAAGCCGCCACCACGUCCUGGUCUUCGAGGAGACGUCUUCACGCUGAUGGAGUUAUCGUAGCAUUUGUAAGCGGAACCAUUCAAAAUCAAUCGAUUCUAUCCAAGAAGGGAGGACUACUAGCUAGCAUAGCAUUUGAGAUUGUACUCUUUAUGAACCGCCAUUACCGUACAGGAAGCAUUCAUAAGCUGUAAUGUUUUAUGAACUGCCGCCGCUUAACAGGUGUCUAUGGUUAUUAGCUAGCGUAGCCUAGACGAAUGACAACUAUCAUUCAACAAAGGAAGAUUGCUAUUUAGCAUAGCACACACAAAACUGUUCUUUGAAUGAACAACUACAACCGCACAGGAAAAUAUGACUGACAAGUAGCUUAUCCUUUGCCGACUGUGCCGGUUAUAGGCCACCACUACUCUACAGGAAGAGCUGACCGCCAGCUAGCAUAGCCUAUUUAAACUACCAAUUACAAGCAACCACUUCUGUACCUUGAAGUAAGAACCACUAGCUGUCUUCGCAUUUGUAAGAUGGAUAGUUUUAUAAUCAAUCAAACAGGACGCGAUUAUCACUGGAUAGCACAGCCUUCAUCGACUGUUCUGUUGUUUACAAAUGACCACCUCUGUACAACAAGUGAUGACCGGCUAGCUAGCGUAGCAUUCCUAAACUGUACUGUUUAUACGCCAUCGAGCUUAGCUUUCAUGGACCGUACUGCUUAUUAAUGACCACUACCAAAUGGAAAUUGAUGACCGCUAUCUUGCUUAGCCUUCAUAGACUGUAGUAUUGAUCAAUGACUGAUAGUCAGCAUACAAUUCGUGGAAGAUCCUGCUGCUAAAUGGCCACAAACAUACAUGCAGCGGUGACUGCUAGCUAAGAUAGCCUUGACAGACUGACUGGGAGACUUGACUGGUAAUGAUCACUUCUAAUCAAUAUCACAUUUAAUAUUCAGUAUUUGGGAUGUGGCCAGUGUAUGACUGACACACUGCAUCCAUGUCAACCUUGCUUACAUUUUCCUGUUUAUGAUAGGCAGCUACUGUAAGUCCACUUUAACCCAGUUUACGAGGACGAUGGAAGUGAUGUAUGUGUACUGUUUACAUUUAGAAUUACUAUUCUGUUACACUUUUUGUUGUGUGUUUCUCCUCAUUUGGUUAGCUAAAUGAAGGAAGUGAUGUUAGAGUUAUCAAAGAGGUGGACUUUUUUUUUUAAAGAUGUAAAAUGGAAGAGGGUGGGAUGUUGUUCAGGCAGGAAGGCAUUAGUCACAUGGUGCUGUCUGUCAAAGUGUGGGCCUGUGAUCGGACGGCUUUGGGGAAACUUCCCAGUGUGCUUUGCACUUCCUGACCCCCAAAGGGGUGGAAUGAUGUCAGCGGCAGGCAUAUUGGGUUUAUGGAAAGGUGUCGACAUGUUUAUUCAGUAUCCUA